AUGAAGUUCCUCUCAUUAGCGUUGACAGCGAUCCCAGUCCUGGCCGCCAGUGAUCUCAGCUACUCCUCCUCUUUCAACAAGAAGACCACUGCCAACUCCCCAAGCGAGCCGUACAACACCGACUUCUUCGCCGGACCCAACCUGAAGCAACAAGAGGCCUCUCUCAACAACUCCGACCUCACCUACACCCAACGCAAUGGCAAACAGUACUUCCAGCCACUUGGAGCUCAGCGUGCCGGCGAGAGAGGCCCACUACUCCUGCAGGAUGUCCACCUCAUCGAUACGCUCGCCACGUUCAAUCGCGAACGUAUCCCAGAGCGAAUCGUGCAUGCUCGCGGCAUUGGCGCACAUGGCUUCUUCGAGGCUACCACGGAUUAUGCUUCCCAGUUCUUAUCUGCCGAUGUCUUCCAGUUGGGCACUCGUACCUCUGUCACCGUGCGUUUCUCCACGGUGGGUGGUGCUCGAGGUUCUGCGGACCAGGCUCGCGAUCCCCGUGGAUUUGCCAUCAAAUUCAGGACCAAGCAGGGUAUCUUAGACUGGGUAUUCAACAACACGCCGGUCUUCUUCAUCCGCGAUCCGGCCAAGUUCCCGCGGUUCAUCCACACCCAAAAGACCGACCCGGCGACCAACGUCCGCGAUUGGAACACCUUCUGGUCGUGGCCGGCACAGUUUCCAGAAAGUCUGCUGCAGUUUCUGAGACUGUUCUCUGAUCUCGGAACCCCUUACGGUGUUCGCCACAUGGAUGGCUGGUCCGGACAUACUUACAAACUUGUCCAGGACGACGGGACCUUCGUCUACACCCGCGUACAGGUGUCUAGCGAUCAGGGGAUCAAAAACUUCACAGCCGCUGAGGCCGCCAAGGUCUCCGGCGACAACGAUGCAUGGGCCACCAAAGAGCUGUACGACGCCAUCGAGAGCGGCGACUAUCCUUCCUGGACCGUCGGCAUCGCCACCAUGACCGAGGAGGAGGCAGCCAACUACCGCUACGAUAUCCUCGACUUGACCAAAGACUGGCUCAACGUCACCUACCACGAGAUCGGCCGCAUCACACUCACCCAAAACCCAUCCAACUACUUCGCCGAGAUCGAGCAGUCUCACUUCACUCCCGGCAACAUGAUUCCGGGCUGGGAGCCGUCCGCCGAUCCAGUCCUCCAGUCUCGACUCUUCGCCUACGGCGACGCCACCCGCUACCGCCUCGGCGCCAACGCAGACGACAUCCCCGUAAACAGCCCCAUCUCCAGCGUCGCCAAUUUCGAUCGCGACGGCCACCUCUCGCAGGUCGGCAACCAAGGUUCACGCAAGAACUUUCCCGCUGAAUUCAUCGAUCCCAUCAACGUCGUCGAUCGUGACGCUACGACCAUCGACGUUGAGACGGGGAGCAGGUCGGUGUACUGGGAGUCCAAGCUGGAUGAGGAUGUCGACUAUGAGCAGCCGAGGUUGUUUUAUGAGAGCUUCUCGCGGAUGGAUAAGGAUCAUUUGUACUCGAAUAUUGCGGGCACGUUGGUGAAUGUUGAUAAUGUGGAGGUUUUUGAUGCGAUUUUGCUGCAAUUUGGGAAGAUCAGCUCGGACUUGGAGGCUGGCGUUCGUGCGGCGCAUGCUGAGGCCAAGAAGGUCGUUUGA